AUGGGCUUCACGGGCAAGCAACUCACCUCCAUCGCCGCGGUCACGCUUCUCAUCGGCAUCGCAUGGGUAUGGAAGCUCAAUCAGGUAAUGAAAGCGACCCCACCCGCGGUUCUUUCCGUGUCGCCGCAUCGCUGGACCGAGGAGGAAAUCAGAGACACCUACGAGCGCAUCAAGUCGAGUCCGGUCGACUGGACUCAACAACUGCCGCCCAAGCUCAAUCGCCGCUAUGUCAUCACAGGCGGCAGCGGUGGUGUGGGCGGCGAGAUCGUACUGCACCUCCUGGCCCGUGGAGAGCCUCCCGAGAGCAUUCGGAUCGUGGACUUCCGGAAGCCCGACCGUUCGGAUAUGAUGACGGGGCCGGCAACUGAAGUCGACUUCGCGCAGGCUGAUAUCUCAUCCGCCGCCGCCACGACAGCGGCUUUCGACAACCCGUGGCCGCCGAGCGUGGCCAAGCUCCCUCUGACGGUGUUCCACACCGCGGCCAUCAUCGCUGCCUCGGAACGCUCGAUGCGGACCUACGAGCGCAUAAAGCGCGUCAACGUCGACGGAGCUCUCAACGUGCUAAACGCCGCCAAGGCCGCGGGUGCAUCAGUCUUCAUCUCGACCUCAUCCGCAUCGGUCAACUACCGUCCGGUGGAAUUCUGGGGCAACCCAUUCCGGCAGUACCCCAAAGAGUUAUGGCAGGCCUUCGACGAAUCAGACUUCGACAAGCCGCUGCGCGCCCAUUCGCAGUACUUCAGCAACUAUGCGCACUCCAAGGCCGUGGCGGAGCGCCUCAUCUGCGAGGCCAACACCCCUAAACUCCGCACGGGUGCGAUCCGGCCCGCGAACGGCAUCUACGGCAGCAGCCGGGGCGAUCAGGUGGUCGGGGUAUGUCUGCGCGCGGGGACCUUUCCGACCUGGAUGCCCAACGUCGUUCAGAACUUCGUUUCCGGCGGCCACGUCUCGCUCGCGCACCUGCUGUUCGAGGCGGCGCUGGUGCGCGGCGGCGACGAGAUGCCCGGGUGUGCCGGCCGGCCGUUCGUGAUCAAGGACGCGGGUGCGCCGCCCAUGUUUGAGGAUAUGUACGGACUACUGGAAAGGACGGUCGUGACGCCGCAUAUCAAAGUCACGUACCUGCAGCCAGGAUUCAUGCUCGCAUUCGCGUAUGUGGUCGAGCUGUUCGACCUCGCGAGCCGGAUGCUGGUGCUGGAGUGGAUCGUGCCGAGGCCGAAGGGCGACCUUGCAAAAUUGCAGCCUGCGGUGUUCAGCGCUUGUGCGCACCUCAUUGCCUCAGAUGCGCUUGCUCGGCGGAGCGUGGACGAGGGUGGGCUUGGGUACCGGCCGAUUCAUGACACGCUGGAGGGUAUGUGCCAACAGGUUAUCGAAUGGAACGCAGAGCAGGAGCUUCUAGGACCCCGACCUAUUCCACAAGGGGUCAUGGACACGGUGGUCCGGGAUAUCAAGAAUGUAGGGACUAUGCCGGCUGCAGUGGCGGGUUGA